GGAUUGUGUUGGGUUUCUGUUUAACCUGUGCGCGCAGCAGAACGCCUGGUGUGAGUCCAGGUCCUUAACUUUAAACAUGGAUGACAUAUUUAAUUACAGCAGAGCGCUGAACCGAAGUUCACCUGGCGAUGAGAAAUUUAGUUACGAAGACAUCGAUGUGAGCGCGGACAGCACCCCCAUCCUGAGGAUAUUCAUCUCCGUGGUGUACUCUGUAGUGUGCGCGGUGGGUUUGGUGGGGAAUCUGCUUGUGUUUUUCCUCAUGAGGGUACGACAAGGUCGCAAGAAGUCCACCAUCAAUUCUUUCAUCAUCAACUUGGCAGUGACGGACUUCCAGUUCGUGCUCACUCUGCCCUUCUGGGCCGUGGACACCGCGCUGGACUUCAGCUGGCCGUUUGGAGACGCCAUGUGCAAAAUCAUCCUCUCGGUCACCGUGAUGAACAUGUACGCCAGCGUGUUUUUUCUCACUGCCAUGAGUGUGACCCGCUACCUAUCUGUCGCCUCGGCCCUGAAGAAAACAGCGUCCAGGAGGUCACGGUGCGUAAAGUGUGUGUGCGCGGUGCUGUGGGUGGCGGCCACGGUGGCCACAGCUCCGACAACUUUCUUCUCCACCGUGACUGUGAUCGCUGGUGAAAAACUCUGCCUCCUCAAGUUUCCUGAUGGGCACGACUGGCUCGCCCUCUACCACAUCCAGAAAAUAUUGAUAGCUUUCAUCAUCCCUAUGUUCAUCGUCUGCGUUAACUAUCUGAUGCUCCUGCGCUUCGUAAAACGGAGAAGCAUGGACAGUAGCAACUCUAAACGGAGGUCUAGAGUCACCAAAUCUGUCGCUAUAGUGGUUUUGUCUUUCUUCUUCUGCUGGAUGCCAAAUCAUGCCAUCACCUUCUGGGGUGUCUUAGUCAAAUUUAACGCAGUCGACUGGGAUAAGUCAUAUUACAUGGUGCACACGUAUGUGUUCCCGGUCACUGUGUGCUUGGCGCACGCAAACAGCUGCUUGAACCCAGUCCUUUACUGCCUGAUGAGGCCAGAGAUUAGGAAGCAUCUCAGCAGUCUGAUUUGGAGAAUCUCCACUACUUCCUCUAAGAAGGUCUGCGCGACGCGCUCUUUAACGCAAGGAGAAACCCAGGAACUCGUGCAUCUCCAGAUUAUGGACAAUGAAGAGUACACGCUGUCCAUCGUAGACCGUAAAGGUGUACCAAGCUCCAAAAAGAUGCCAUACACCCGAUAACUCAGUCUGGUAAAAUAAAUUCCCCAAUGCAGCUGAUUGUCCACCUGUAACUGCCAUGACUCGUGCGUAAUCAUCAUCCUUUAUGAUAUGAACUUAGUGUAAAGUAUUUCCUUUAUUCAACUGUCACAAGAUCACUUAUAAUUCCACUGAUGAAUACGCGUGUGUGCAUUUCUUUUUUCACGACAUGCAAUUUUUAUUUUACGAUGAACACAGUCA